AAAAGAAUAAGAUUCACUUAAUACAUCUCUCCCUCUUGUAUAUGUAUAUAAGCAUCUCAUGCUUGCUUUAUUUUCCUUAGUAAUAUCUACUGAAAAAAAAUAGCAAAGAACCACAUCAUUACUAGCAGCCAUGGAGGAGACUGACGAAGAAGCAACUAUAGAUGAAAUCAAAUACAGAGGAAUCAGAGCAAUGCCCUUUGUCAUAGGGAAUGAGACAUUUGAGAAGCUAGGAACAAUUGGAAGCUCAUCAAAUCUGUUGGUUUAUCUGACAAGUAUUUUUCAUUUGAAGACCAUAACAGCUACUAAUAUUGUCAACAUCUUCAAUGGCACUUGCAACUUUGGCACCUUGCUUGGAGGUUUUCUUUCUGAUACUUACUUCGGCCGUUACAAGAUGCUUGGAUUUGCCUCAGUGACUUCCUUCUUGGGAAUGCUAGUUCUAACUUUAACAGCAGCAGUCUCAAAGCUACAUCCUCCAGAAUGUGGAGGAAACCAAGAAGCCACACCAUGUGUUGGUCCAACAACAGGGCAAAUGACGUUUUUACUAGGUGGCUUUUGCUUACUAGUAAUUGGUGCUUCUGGCAUUAGGCCAUGCAAUUUAGCAUUUGGUGCAGAUCAAUUUGAUCCCAACACUGAAUCAGGAAGAAGGGGAAUCAGUAGUUUCUUCAAUUGGUACUAUUUCACUUACACAUUUGCUAUGAUGGUCUCAUUGACUGUCAUUGUCUAUGUUCAAUCAAGUAUCAGUUGGUCAUUGGGAUUAGCCAUCCCAACAAUUAUGAUGUUCCUUUCUUGUGCACUUUUCUUUGUGGGCACUAAGAUUUAUGUCAGGCUUGUACCAAAAGGUAGCCCUUUAACAAGUGUGGCACAGGUCCUAGUGGCUGCAUUCAAGAAAAGGCACUUGCAGCUGCCACAACAACCAUGCUUCUCACUGUUCAACUAUGUGGCCUCCAAUUCCUUGAAUUCUAUGCUUCCUUACACUGAUCAGUUUAGAUUCUUGAGUAAAGCAGCAAUAAAAACCCCAGAAGACCACUUAAACUCAUCAGAUGGAUCAGCAGUCAAUCCAUGGAGGCUUUGCAGCAUUCAACAAGUGGAAGAACUGAAAUGCUUACUGAGAAUAAUCCCAAUAUGGGUUGCUGGAACUAUCUAUUAUGUCUCUGUUGUUCAAUCACAAAAUUAUGCCAUCUUCCAAGCCUUACAAAGUGAUAAUCAACUAGGCCAUUUUCACAUCCCACCAGCAUCUUUCAUAGUCAUUUCCAUGCUCAGUAUAACAAUUUGGCUACCUAUAUACGAUCGCGUUUUACUUCCAUGGCUUCGGAAAUUCAGACGGAAAGAAGGUGGAAUCACUCUUCUCCCCAAAAUGGGAAUCGGAAUAUUUCUUUCUAUUAUUACAAUGAUCAUAUCAGGGAUUGUUGAAAACAAGAGAAGAACUCUGGCAAUGACUCAGGGGAAAGGUGCAAUUUCAUCCAUGUCAGGACUAUGGCUAAUACCUCAGAUGGCAUUAUCAGGUCUUUCAGAGGCAUUUACAUUAAUCAGCGAGAAUGAGUUCUUCUACAAACAAUGCCCUGAAAACAUGAGGAGCAUCGCGGCGUCUUUCUUCUUUGUCGGAUUGGCAGGGUCGAGUUACUUGAGCAGUUUCUUCUCAUCAGUUGUUCAUAAGACAUCAAAUUGGUUGGCUGAGGAUCUUAACAAGGGAAGAUUAGACUGCUUUUACUACCUCAUUGCAGCACUAGAGACUCUGAAUUUGGGUUAUUUUCUUCUCUGUGCAAAAUGGUACAAGUACAAAGGAGUGAGCAAGUGACAACAAAUUGAGUGAAAGAACAAUCUGAGAAACCUCUUGUGCUAGCCAGAU